UACGUAAAAUAUGGAAACGAUAAGAAAAAAAUUUCCCAAUCAUACGGAAAUCGCAUACAGAGAAGCGGUUUCGAAGCUCAAGUACCUGCUGGCCGAGUCCUACGCACCAAAGAUAGCUUUUGCCAAGCCUCCAGGGAUCAUUAAGAAAUCAUGCAAGGAUAACGUUUAUGGGGAGGAUUACUCGGACGAUGCGGACGUUCAUAGCGUGAUAAGCGACGUUUCGAAAAAGGAACCCUCCACUCGUAUCAAGUAUUACGCGUCGAGGCUAAGCAAUGUCCCGAUGGUUCAGGUCUCCUCGUCCGCUAACGAUAGAUUAGCUUUGCCAUCAACGGAACUCACAUCCUUCAUUGGCCGCCAAGAGGAAUAUAUCGAGCAAUUGGAACGAGAGUCGCGCUAUUGCAAGGAGGAGCUCAAGAGUCUCGUGGAGAAAGUCAAAGAGGUGGUGUCGGAAAAUGAGGCGCUGCACAAUAAGAAUAAGAGCAGCUUUUUCGAAACCGUUCUGGAAAAUUGCGCGGAUAAGCCGGGAGAUGAGGAUACGCGUUCAUCGCGCAAGUCGACGUUAGAGGGCCCGAGCAUCGUCUUCGAGUCGAGGAUAAGCGAGCUCGAGGCGCAGCUCACCCAGGCGAGGCUGGAGUUACGCAAAGCACGAGAAGAAAACCAGGAGAACUUGAUGAGGCUGGCCGAGCGCAAAGACGAACCACAGCUCCACCUGGAGCUCGAUCGCGCUUUACGAGAGAAGCGCGAGCUCGAGGCUAAGGGUGAGGAGCUACGUCGGGAGCUGGAUAAAUGGCGAGCGCGCGACACCGACGUUGAAACGAGGAGUAAACGUGCCGCGGAGGUCGUGCAGCAAGCUGAGUACGAGAAGGUCCAGGCGGAAGCGGAGGUGCGCAGGCUCAAGGACGAGCUUGAGAAGCGCCGGGAGAAGCUCCGCGAGGCGCUACACGAUACGAGUAAGCGGCUCAUCGAAGAGAAGCAACUGGUUGAGAGGAAGUUCAGUCAGCAGAUAGAGCAAUUGUCGGCCGAUGUGGCCUCGCACUGGGAGGCUGCCAGCAAGUCACAGCUUGAGUCCGAGAAGCAGAAGCGGCAGGUCGCGGAACUCAAGCGAGAUAUCGCACAGAAGCUCCUUUACAUAGAGGAUCUGAAGAAGGAGCUUCAGGCGAAAACUUGUAAAAUGCAGGAAGAAUUGAAGCAAGCGACGGCUGAAAGAGACGCGUCUCAAGAAGAAGUAUCGAAUGUGAAAUUGUCGGCUGAAAGGUGCGAAAGGCAAUCCCGACAAGAGCAGAGUAGGCUGCAAUCCGAAAUAAAUUCUUACAAAAUGCGCUUGGAAAGAGCGGACGCUGACCUGAUGCAUGCCCGUCGUGAAAAUCUUCGACUCACGGAGGAGAUCGCGUCAUUGGAAAAAGAGAUCAAUAUGAACAAAAUAGUGGAGGAGACUCGUGUGGGUUCUCAGCCGCCCCGCUAUGAGAAAGGCAAGGAUGAAAAGGACAAGGACAAGGAGCUCGCCUCGCUGAUCUUCGAUCUAGAGAGCAAGCAAGCUAAAACGAUUGCCAGUCUCGAAGAUACCUUGAGCAAACAGGCCUCGCUCAUCUCGCGCCUCACGGCGGAAUGCCAAUCUCUCACACAACGCUUGGAAACUAACGAGCAGAAUCACAAGGAAAAAAUGGCCAAUCUACAAACCAACGUAGAAUACUUGUCGAAUAAAAUUAGUGAAUAUUUUGAUGUAAGAGAAUUAAAUACAGAAGAACUCGACCAAAUAAUCGACGACACUGAUCUAAAUUCCACCGAAAUGAUCAACGACCAAGAAGCCAGCGAAGGGAAUAAUGAAAGUCAUGAGGAAAUUAAUAGUUCGAGCAGCGUGCCUCAAUUCGCGGAAGAGCAAAAUUUGAAUCAAAUAAAUGUUGAACGACAGGAAAAUUAUGGAGACGACUACUCUAACGAAUCGUAUAACCAAUACAAUCAAUAUGAUCCCAUUCAGUACGAAGAGUAUUAUAAUAAUCAACAAUAUUCUCAAAAUCAAGAAUGUUCUGAUAGCGAUAAAUAUUUAAGGAAAGGGGAAUAUGUAGCGGAUGGCGAGCAACGCGUAGAAAACGAAAAUAAUGAAGAGAAAUUACAAAAACAUAUAGUUUAA